AUGGACCAGUCAUGGCCACUCCAGUCAUAUGGCGACCUGCCGCUCGUCCACUGGGAAGAUGUCAACCAAGAUGCCCCGACACUCGCCCGAAACUACCUACCCAUACAGCAGUCGGCAGCCUCCGAUAUUACCUCUCUUUCAACCCGCUCCUAUCCUCCAUCCGAAUCAUAUAUCUCAGAAAUACCUCAAAAUCAGGAAUCAUGCUUGCCUAGCGACGCAGUCCCGGCAGAUCAUUCUCACCGACAGAGGACAGCAGAAACUCUUCUUUCCAAAUCGACACCUCGGCGUUCUGUGAAAUCACAGGGACGGCAAACUAAGACGGGUGCUUCGUCAAUCCAAAAACCUGGAAAACCGCGCGCAACUGUUACGAAAUCACCAAAUGAUAGUCCUGAUGAGCGCCGUCGCACGCAGCUCCGCCUAGCACAACGUGCGUAUCGCACUCGCCAGCAAGCGACAAUCAAAGGCCUAGGAAAUCGCAUUUCCCACCUGGAGACCAUUUUGGAAAGCAUGAGCUCUACUGUUCUAUCUUUCAGUGAGAAAUUAGUUGAAUCUGGGGUGCUGGAGUCUUAUUCUGGCUUGACAGUGAGUCUACGUGAUACUAUGAAGAUCUUUCUUUCAUUAGCAUCCGAGGCAAGCCCUGACGCUAGGCCACGAGUUCCUGAUGAGCAUUUACAAACCGAAGAAGAGGAAGAGUCGUCCCCGUCUUUACAUCUUGCAACGACGACGCGCUCGCUACCCAGUAUCUCUCUCACUGCACCUUUGGAUCACAACAGGUCUCAUUUCACUAGUGCUGGUGUUCCACGCACCGUCAAUUCAUCGGCAACUUCUUUCAUAGUACUGUCCGAUUUUAUUGAAAGACUGAACACGGAAGCCCUCUACCAGUCAUAUCUGGCCUUAUCUAACCAGGCUAUUGGGCUGGAUCAACUUCAAAGGCCAUUUGGUUUCAUUCUAAGUAUGCUUGAUCGCGAAACCGUGGCGUCUUACGCCAAAGCAGAACUAGACGCCAUAGUAAACCAAAAGCCAUUAGAAGGCUGGGAAAGAGUGCCCUUGUUCAGCUUGGGCGGUGCAGGAACUCAUUAUCCAGGGCCGCCCUCCCUGCAAGCCCAAAGCGAAGGCCUCCCUUCCUAUUCCUAUCGAAGAUGGGGCAUAGUUGAGGAGCCUUUAGCUCUGGUUGCGUCUGAUAUACAAAAGGAUCUAGAAGGGGACUGGUUUGACCUACAUGAUCUGGAAGGAUUUCUCCGGGAUAAAGAUUUGCUUCUGCUUUUGCCUACUGAUGAGCCAAGGAAAAGCUCAUCAACGCAGACCAUCAAUGUCGCUCGUCUUAUACCAGGUAUUUUUGUGCCCUGCUAUAUCAGUCGACGGAGUUUUCUGACUUUAAUAGCAUUAAUCAGCAGGGGAGUUUGCCUGGGUCGCACGCCUGGUUUUCAACGCGGGGACGUAGAGAAAGCCCUGCAAUUUUCAACUAUAUCAUGA